UUGGGUCUCAAGCCUACAGCUGAAGCCAUGAGUAUAAACAGCCAAUGGGAUGUGAACAAAGCCCUAACACUUGCUAGCCUGUUCCAUUUUCUUUACGGUGCAGGAAAUGCUUGCACAAUUCCAUUUUUAACUCUGUAUUUUCGGCAGCUCGGCCUGACUGCACCACUAGUAGGGAUUAUAAUAGGACUCAAACAUUUAAUCACUUCCCUUUGGGCCCCACUAUGCUCCUAUCUAGCAAAAACUCACAAUAAAAGGAAAGUCCUCAUCAAUGGAUCAUUACUGUGCUCGGUUGGAGCUAGUUUACUUCUUAGUCUCGUCCCACCGCUGAGCAAGAAUAUUGUCUAUAAUUAUUGUAACAUGAGCCAACAUCCAAGUAAACUACUGACUACAACCUGGGUGCCUGAUGUAAGUGUGAACAGUCUGAAUGCAAUGAAUACCAACCCUGCCCCAAAUGACAAAAUGAUGUCUACUGAAUCGUUUAGAAAGAUCUCAAAGAACCUGGCUACUACUGGAAAGCCAACUGUAACAUAUACACCAUUCAAAACAUAUUCCUCUGUAAAUAUCCCUUCUAUGAUAAACAAUGGAGUCAAUGGUGUUGAUGUAGGUAUCCAGCAAUUCACUGGUGUAACAUCUGGUACUUCUGGGAAAGAAGUUGCCCCAGAAGAACAAACGUUAGAGACACCUUUUGCACAUGGGCCUGUGGAGGCAACUAGAAGCUCAGCUACUGGCAUGAAUAUUGGAGAAAAUUCUGAGGAAAAUGGCUCUUCAGUAAGAAAUACUAGCUUCACAUUUCACACAGUCGCCGUACCCCUAAUGGAGACAGCAUAUAAAUUGAAAAACCUGUCAGGACGCUGGGAAAGAGCACAGGAUGUAAGCUCUCAGUUACUUCAAGGUACUGACUUCUUGGACAGUGAGCAUCAGGUCUUUCUUAUGGUGCUAGGUGCUGUAGUGCUUUGGGAGCUCCUCUCUGCACCUCUUGGGUGGAUGGUUGACGACAGCCUCUACGAGUAUCUUGACUUUGUUGAUGCUGCAGACAAAUAUGGGAACCUCUGGAUCUGGAGUUACUUAGGUGCAUCUGUGGGAGUCUGCAGUGUAGCUGUGUUUGUGGAUCAACUGGACUGCUUUUUGAGCACUAAUAUCCCACGUUUUUCAGUACAUUUUUAUGGCUAUGCCUUGUUGAUAACCUUAACAUUACUUGUCAGUGUUUUUUUCCCCAUCCAUGUGUCCAAAAAAAAUGAACAUGUCAAUAAAACAGGCAAAGCUUUGAACCUUAUUGGGAGCGAUGGCCGAACCAUCCUGUCUGCUGUCACAGUCUUCCUCACAGGGGCCAUUGGGUCAACUGUGCAGAAUUUUCUUUUCUGGCAAAUGCAAGACAAAGGCAGCAGUGAGUUAUGCAUGGGCCUUUCAGUGGCCAUUGGACUGAUUGCUGAAAUCCUGCUCUACAUCUUCAAAAGCAAGUUACUAAGGGCACUCUCGAGUACUGGCACUGUUGCCUUGAGCUUAAGCUGCCUGGCAGCACAGCUGCUCUACUAUUCUUUCCUGUGGAACACCUGGGCAGUGCUGCCAGUCCAGAUCUUCUGUGCCUUCAGCAACGGCGCCUUGUGGUGGGCUGUGAACAUGCUGGCAGAUGACAUUGCCACUCCUGGCACAGAGAGGUCUCUGCACCUUGUCCUACAGGGCCUCUCUUGUGGAUGUGGAGCCAGUCUGGGAAGCUUUGCAGGGGGGUUUGUUGUCAAUGGUUUUGGCCUAGCAGUACUCUACAGGGCAUGCUCCAUUACUUUAAUACUCUGGUUAAUCUUGUUCUUGAUUGUCCAAUCCAAGUUGCCGCGUCAGAAAAGAAUUAAUUAUUCCCGCCUCCUAGCUGCAGAUUCUAGCGAUAUGAGUGACUCGGAUGAAGGCGAUGACAAGGAAAGGGACUGGCUAGUAAAAGCUAUGAAAGAUGAGAACUUCAAUAGGAAUUGGUAGAAGUUUUGCAUUCCAUCAGUCUGGGGCCAAAGAACAGACUUCGGAGAAAUAGGGUGAAGUUAUUAGAAAUGGUGCACAUGGAAAUUAUAAGGAGCUACUCUACUAUCAUUAGGAUUUUAUGGUGUACAUAUUUGCUCAGGAUGCAAUUAUAAAGAUUUUAUUUUCUUAAGAUUAAUUUAUUA